CGCUCUCCGGGACUUCCGGCUCGGCGCGGUGACGCGGCGGGGUCGCGCCGCACGUGACUGCACACCCGGAAGCGGCGCGGAGCGGCCGCCGGUGCCGCCCCCGGUGCCGCCGCCGCUCCCGUCAUGUGAGGCGGCGGGACGGCUCCCGCAGGUCACGAUGGAGCCCUCGGCCUCGCAGGUGUUCUGCGGGCGGGUGCUGGGCAUGGUCAACGCCGAGGACGUGAACGCCAUCAUCCUGGCGCAGAAAAACAUGUUGGAUCGCUUCGAGAAGACCAACGAGAUGCUGCUCAACUUCAACAACCUGUCGAGCGUGCGCAUGCAGCAGAUGAGCGAGCGCUUCCUGCACCACACCCGCAGCCUGGUGGAGAUGAAGAAGGACCUGGACAGCAUCUUCCGCAGGAUCCGGGCGCUCAAAGGGAAGCUGGCGAAGCAGUACCCGGAGGCUUUCAGCAACAUCCACGAGUCCCCCAUCCUGGAGGACGACGACGACUUCGACCCCGUCCCCAAGAGCACCACGACCACCAUCGCUACCUCGGAGCAGAGCACGGAGUCGUGUGACAGCAGCCCCGACGUCAUCUCCCCCACCACCAGCCAGGAUUUUGAGGAUUUGUCCCAAGGCCAGUACGAUGGCCCUGCCCUGAACGGACAGAGUCUCACGGACGAGGACACGGCCAGCGGCCUGGACUAGGAGCCCUGAGCUGCCCUGCGGAACUUUCUAGCCUGUGUUUAUAUUGGUGUGUCGCUCCUUUAGGUUUUUGGGUUGGUUUUUUUUUGGUUUUUUCCUCUCUCUCUCUCGGGAAGAGGGAAGCCAAGGCUGGGAGAAGCUGAGGGAGGAAGGUGCUGCCUCCAAACUGCUGCUGAGGUGUAAAGGCAGCGCUGGCUUCAGGGGGGAUCAGUAAACCCUGGGUUGGAAAUGCC